AUGGUUCAAAUUAAGAAAAGUUUAUUAGCAUUCUCAUCUAUCAUUGCAUUGGGUUCUGCCGCAACUUCUACGUCGAGUACUUGUAAUCCGAUUUCAUCAUCAAAUUGUCCCGCUGAUAAGGCAUUGGCAACUGACCUUUCAGAGGAUUUUUCAAGUAAUUCCACACAGUUUGAAAUUACUUCAACUGAAUCUGGUGUGUCAUUUGGUGACGACGGAUUGACGAUGACCAUAGCAAAGAGAUACGACAAUCCAGCAAUGAAGUCUAAAUUCUAUAUUAUGUUUGGAAGAGUUGAAGUUCACAUGAAGGCUGCUAAUGGUACUGGUAUUGUUUCAGAUUUCUAUCUCCAAUCUGAUGACUUAGAUGAAAUUGAUAUUGAGUUCUUGGGAGGUGAUGACACGCAAUUCCAGUCUAAUUAUUUCUCAAAAGGUGACACUUCCACGUACGAUAGAGGUGAGUAUCACACAGUUCUGGGAGACUCUCCUCAAACGGGCUUUCAUAAUUAUACCAUUGACUGGACUGAAGAGGAAUGUAUAUGGUACUUGGAUGGUGACGCCGUAAGAACUUUGAAGAACUCAUCAUCUGAAGGUUAUCCACAAACUCCUAUGUAUUUAAUGAUGGGUGCUUGGGCUGGUGGUGAUCCAUCUAAUGCUGCCGGUACUAUUGAAUGGGCUGGUGGUGAAACUGAUUACACUGAAGCACCUUUUUCAAUGACAAUUAAGAGUUUAGUUGUUAGUGAUUAUUCUACCGGUAAAGAGUAUUCCUACGAUGAUCAAUCUGGUGAUUGGACAUCAAUCAAGGCUAAAGAUGGUGAAAUUAAUGGCAGAAUUGACAAAGUUAAUAUCGAAGGAGGCGAUGGUUCAUCUUCAUCAAGCGUCGAAUCUUCGAGCUCUGCUUCGUCCACUUCAUCUUCUGACUCAAGUUCAUCUGACUCAAAGUCAACAGCUUCAAAGACUGAUUCUUCAUCUAGCGCUUCGACUACAUCCGAUAAGGGAACCAGUAGCUCAAAAGAAACAUCGACUUCACUUGAAGCGAAUGCCACAACCGAGUCCUCUUCUACUAAGUCUGACUCUGCCAAGAAGGCCAGCUCAUCAAGCUCAGCUACUGCUUCAGUAAGUGCAAAAUCUUCAGACAAUUCUGGUUCUACUUCUACAAUUAGUUCCGUAAUUAUCGGUGUUUCAAUUAUAAUGUCUAUUUUUGUUUAA